ACUUAUUUUAAAUCUUAUUAAAUCAAGUAAAAGAUAACUAAAAUCACAUUUUCCACGUCUUUCCUUCUGGCGAUCGUUCAAUAAAGAGACUACUACAGAAGAAAAAAUGUUUAAAUUUUGCACUUACACUUUAUUGACAGUUUUGACUGCGAAUCUUUUGGGAACUGUUGGUGAUACAACGUUAACUUGGACUUCUCCCAUACUCCCUAAAUUAUAUUCCAACGACCCAGACAUUAAUCCGCUGGGACAACCAAUCACACCACUCGAGGAAUCUUGGAUUGGUUCUUUAAUUAACAUAGGUGCGAUGAUAGCACCACUACCAUUUGGAUUUUUAUCUACAAAACUAGGUCGCAAAAUAUGUCUUUUGUGUAUAGCCAUUCCUGCCAUCGUAUCUUUUUUAAUAUUAGCUUUCCUACAAAACCUUUAUUGGUACUAUUUUGCCCGUUUGCUUGCUGGAGUGACCGCAGGAGGGUCUUGCUCCAUUCUUCCAGCAUACAUUGCCGAAGUUGCCGAAGAUUCAAAUCGAGGUAUGCUCUCAGUAACUCUAAAUGUGUUCUGGACUUUCGGCAAUUUAAUUCCCUACGUUCUAGGACCUUACCUUGGUAUAGUACCAUUCAAUGUGAUCUUAGCAUUCAUCCCUGCACUUUUUUUUGUCUUAUUUUUAAUCAUCGCACCCGAAUCUCCUUAUUAUCUUGUCGGCAAAAACCAAAUUGACAAAGCGGAAGAGUCACUCAUGAAACUACGAUCGCGAAGUAGAAGUGGCGUAGGAAAAGAACUUCUCAGUAUUCAAGACUCGUUAAAACUCGACGAGAAAAAGGGCAACAUUUUUGAUUUAUUUAAAACUAAAGCAAACCUGAAAGCUUUGAUCAUCUCGGUUACGUUAAUGGCGUUCCAACAACUAUCGGGUAUUAACGCAGUACUUUUUUACACACAGCUGAUCUUUGAAGCUUCUGGCUCUAACCUUCCGGCAGAAAUUUCCUCAAUUAUCAUCGGUCUGGUACUACUUGUGUCUAGUUUAAUUAUACCCUUUUUCGCUGAUAGUUUAGGCAGAAAGGUUUUUUUAAUGAUCUCAAUGGUGGGUACGAUGUUGGCGCUAGUAGUACUGGGUAUUUACUUUUUCUACAAAGAGUCACUCCCUGACAGUGUGAAGUGGGUGCCCGUUGUGAGUUUAGUUUUAUACAUAGUGUCUCUCGAUAUAGGUUUGAUUCCCUUUGCCUGGACCAUAAGUUCUGAACUGUUUUCGGUCGAUGUGAAACCUAUUGGAACUUCGUUGGUUUCAUUGACUUGUUGGGUUGGCAGUUUCAUUACUACUAAGUUUUUCAAUGAUCUAAACUCUACCUUGGGACAAGCUGGCACGUUUUGGCUCUUUGGUGGCUUCUGUUUUUUGGCAAUUUUGUUUACAGUGUUUUUUGUACCUGAAACUCGAGGAAAAAGUUUUGCAGAAAUUCAAGAAAUUCUUCAGAAAUGAUGACUGUAUUAAACAUUAAAUAAAAUCUUUUGCGAAGGACUCUUUGAAAGGGUACCUACCUCGUUUCUUAUUUUCUUUAAAAUAAACACUGUUGGCAAUUUUUACAAUAUAUUUUAAUUGGAGGUGAAUUUAUGAAAAUAUGGAAUUUACUUUAAUUCUCUGACACGGU